CAUAAACACCAGGGGAGGCUAGCAGGCAUAGACAUAUGUCUAUGCUAGCAGGCAGCUAAAGCGGAGAAGGAAGAAGAGCUCCGUUUGGAGGAAACAUGGCUUCUCCUGCUGGCUGCACCUUGCUGCGGUAAACUGUACGUAUGUCGGCUGUGCCACGAUGCCGAGGAGAACCACCAGAUGGAUCGAUUCAAAGUCAGAGAGGUGCAGUGCUCGGCGUGUCUGACAGUGCAGCAGACACAGCAGACUUGUCAGCAGUGUCAUUUGCUGUUUGGGGAGUAUUACUGCGACAUUUGCCACUUGUUCGACAAAGAUAAGAAGCAGUACCACUGUCAGCCCUGUGGAAUCUGCAGGAUUGGGCCCAGAGAGAAGUACUUUCACUGCGAGAAGUGCAAUUUGUGUUUAGCUCAGGAUCUGCGAGGAAACCACAAGUGUGUUGAAAAUGUUUCAAGGCAGAACUGUCCUGUCUGCAUGGAGGAUAUUCACACAUCCAGAAUUGGUGCUCAUGUUCUUCCAUGUGGCCAUCUUUUACACAAGACCUGCUUUGAUGACAUGGUCAGAACAGGUGCAUAUCGCUGCCCACUGUGCAUGCACUCUGCUUGGGACAUGCAGGACCACUGGGAACAGAUGGAUAAGGAGAUCGCUCAGUCACCGAUGCCCACUGAGUACCAGGGAGCAAUGGUCAAAAUCAUGUGUAAUGACUGCCAAGCCCACUGCACAGUGCCUUUCCAUGUGCUGGGAAUGAAAUGCACCAGCUGUGGUUCCUACAACACAGCGCAGGACGGAGGACUCAUCCAGCUGCAGCAGCCCGAGCAGGACGCGGAGCCACAGCAGCACGAUCAACAGUAGUCUCCCACACAGCAUUAAGAGUACCUGCUCGACCAGGAUGGAUGGCAUGUAACUGGUACACUUAAUUAUAGUAAAAUACAACUAGUGUAAAACUAGAUUUGAGCCAGUGUUCCCAGUUUGUACAUACAAAAAUCUAUUUAUCUAUUUUCCAUACCGCCUAACCCUCUCCCUGGAUGGAAUCUUUCCCAGGAUCCACUGGGUGGGAUUCCCUGUACGGGAUCACCAUACUGACUAAAAAAGACAAUUUAGAAGCGUAGCUUGUAUGACCUGCAUGUUUAUAGAAUGAGGAAUGAUUGAAACAUGCAAACGCCACACAGACGAUGACGUCAAUGUUGUGCAGUUGUGGUCAUUUGUGACAGCCUGAUACAUCUGAUGAGUUAAGUGUCUGUGCCAUGUCUUAUUUAAAUGAUCUGAAUAAGAUCAAGUGUUAACUAAUGUGUGUCUGUCAUUGGCGCUGCUCAGCGUGUGCAGUUACUUGCAUAGAUGCCCUGUCAGUCAAAGAUUUAACAAAUGGCAUUGUUUCUUCAUUCAGGGUUUAGUUUCUCAUUGUGGAUCCCCCUCUCUAGAAUUUUUAAUUGGAACUUGAUUCUACAAGGGAUGAAAAUAGUAUAUGUUCAAAUUCUUGUUUAAAGACAAACAUUGGACACAAAGGCUCAAUCAGAUAUAAUCUUGCUGAACCUUUUGUCUUUAAAACUGUUAUUAAGCCCCACUUAUUGUGUGUUGUGUGUGUGUGUGUGUGUGGCCCAAGAGCUGGCCGAGCAGAUGAGCAUAUUUCUGUCUGUAACCAGCUGUUUAGUGUUUACUGCUCGUAAACAUACAGGCAUUACCGUAUAGUACAAUACUGUAUUUCUGUUAUGGCCACAGACUGUAUAUUAAAGAUGGAUGUGUGUGAAAUGUGAAGCCUGUGAGGAAGUGCCUUAAAUCUGCUUUCUUUCAAAUGAUGAGCAGGGGGGUGACUUCUGGUUGCAAACGAAGUUAGAGUAUAUAGAAUGAUUGCCCUGUUUUCUCACUUGAUUUAUGACCUCAGUAAUGCAUUCUUCAUAGGUUUAUGGUCUUAAUUGUUAGAUUCAAGUUUAACUGUACAAUGCAUGACGUUUAAUUUGUAAAUUAUGGUCCCUAUUUUAGAGUAAAAGACAGUAAAGGAGGGCAUGCUGUAUAGUGUGGUAACCUUGUGUGUGACAGCUGCUACCGCUGAGCAUGCAGUGUCUGUUUCACAUUUAGAUCAACAUGCCGCCCCAUUCAGAUUCAAAAUACCAAGAUGCUGGCAGUGAGGCUUCCCUUUUUAUAUACAGUCUGUGGUUGUGAGCUCUGAUAAUGGCCCCUGAUUAUUUUUGCAUGUUGGCCCCUUGCAGGAGUCAGGUUUGCUGAACUGUACUGACUGAAUACAAUUCACAUUAAACAUCAUUUUACAAAACAUUACUGGAUUAUCUUCUGAAUAGUUUACUGGAUUGAAGACAAGCAUUUAAUCAGUUUCAUUUUCAGCUG